AUGAGUCAAGACAUCGAGGAGUAUAAGGCCUUGACGUCCACGCUUCUGGCCUUCUACAACUUCCACAAGUGGGAAUUCGAACAGUUGAUCAAAACAAGAACAAUAAAAUACAACUCGUUAACUGCUGAAGAACGAGAGUUGAUCCCGUGGUACUUACAACACAUAGAAGACUUGAAACAAUGCAUUGGCAUCAACCAGGAAUUCACUCAAAACUUGGCCAUUGCCAUCUCAAAAGAUUGGGGCGUAUCGCCUGAUCCUAGCGGUUGGGAGCCUGCCACCACUAACGAGUACGAUAAGGUCAGGUCCACCUUGUUGCAAUUUGCCCGUGAAUGGAGCUCGGACGGGGUUCCCGAAAUCACUGUCAGUCACUUCAAGAUCAUUGAGGAGCUUGAGCAGAUAUAUCCUAACCUUGAGGAACGUCAGAACGUGAAGAUCUUGAAUCCUGGAUGUGGUUUGGGCAGAUUGGUGUUGGAACUAGUUAAAAAGGGUUUUUGGUGUCAGGGAAAUGAAUUCAGUUACCAUAUGCUUUUGGCUUCCAACUUCAUUCUCAAUCAUUGCACAUUUGCUCACAACUACUCGAUAUUUCCCUACUUGCACAAGGCCUCCCACCUUGUCAAGAGAUUAAAUCAGAUCAGGCCCGUCACCAUUCCUGACUGUAGCCCUACGGAGAUACACGAGCUUUCCACGAAAAACCCUACAAUUCCUUACCAGGAAUUGAUGUCUAUGACCGCAGGCUCGUUCGUUGACUUAUAUGGGCCUGAAAACUUGACUGAGCUGGACACCUACUCCAAGGAUCCCAUUGCCAACGAUUUCAGAACAACUAAUGAAAAUAACUUUGAUGUUCUUGUCACUACAUUCUUUUUGGAUACAGCCAGCAACAUCAUUGAUUAUUUGAAAACCUUCCACUAUUGUUUGAAGCCGGGAGGCACUUGGAUAAAUUUUGGCCCCUUGCUUUGGCAUUUUGAGGAUGACCAGAACAUGCUGUACAUUCAAAGAAGAGAUGGUGACACCUACCAAAAGGUCCCUUCUAUCAUGACAGGCUUGGAGCUCUCUCGUGACGAUUUGAUUGCCCUUAUAGAAAAGAUGGGCUUUGAUUUCGAAAAGAGAGAGUCAGGUAUUGAGACCAGCUACAGCGGUGAUAUUAAAGCGUUGGGUUCAUUUGUAUAUAAGUGUGAAUAUUGGGUCUGUAAAAAGAGGUGA